AUGAACAGAUCAUUUAAUGGCUCCAGUGGAUCCAAGAUAAAGUAGCCUUAACGUUCUCCAAGGCACAGUCCUCGACAAGAAUAGCAAAAUGUGUCGAAGACGGGCGAUUUCAAAAGAAUUCUGGAGGAUUUACAGCCAGAACCUUCAGAAGAGCGUGAUGCUAAGAUGGAUUUCCUAGAUCCUCUUUUCUUUCAAAAGAGAUAAACCUCAAGAAUAAGUGAGUUAUAACUACCUUCAGUGUUAGUGAAUGGAGAAUUAGUAGAAAGCUUUGAAAAAGAAAAAACUGAAGAUGCAGAUAAUAUUGAUAUAUCCUUGCCUAUGCAAAAGACCUAAUCAAAAAAAGAAGAUAUAUACAAUAUUAACUUAAAAGCAAAUCUCUAGAAUAAUAAAGGAACUGCUACAAGUAGAAAUGUAAAUACAAACAAGAAAUUAUAAACUUAGAAUGUGGCUACUGACCACGAUUCUAAGUAGGCUUAUGCCUUUAAAACUACUGCUUUAUUCAGUAAGACAGGCGCAGGAAAAGGAUAAAAACUUUCUAACUCCGUAUUAAUUUCAGACAAUGAAACUUAAGGUAACAUUCAGGCAAGCGAUUCAAAAAAACUACCUUAGAAGCAGAUGAAUCCUCCAAGUUUGAACAAGAAAUAGCUAUCUAGCAAAAUUUAAGAGUCAAUUAUAGAUGACAAAUCUAAGACAUACAAACCUGCUGCUACUCCAGCUGCAAAAUCUAUGAGGACUUUUGCUGAAUUUAAAAAUCCAACCAGUGGAGCCAAAAAUAGAAUAAGUGGUUUUGAAUCAGAUAACAACGAUGAAUUUAAAUAGAGCUUUUAGAAAGAUACAAAUCGUAAAUCGAUCAUUGGCUAGCAGAGUGACUUUGAAAAAUCUUUUGAUCACUCAAACAGGCCUUCAGCAGCAAUUGCUAACUCAAAAAGAUCUUCAAUUCUUCUUAAUAACAUUGGAGCUGAGGAUUAAACAAACUAAUAGAAUAGAAGACAUAGUAGAACAAACUCAAAUAACAUUGAAGGGGUUGAUCCUAAGAUAUAACUAAACUCUAAUGACUAGCAUAAAAAUAAGAAUAAAGCUUUGAUGAAGCAGAGAAUCAUGAAACAAAUUGAUGAUAACUUAGCAUCUGUCGGUUUGGAGUCUGAACAAUAAAGUGUAACUAGAGAAUAAAUCACAGAAAAUCCUUAAAAUAAGGAAAUCACGCUUAGAGAUUUCAAAAUUUUGAUUCUCUCUAUCAAUAAGAUAUUCUUUGAUUGGAUGACUCUCUCUGCAGUAAAUGUAGAUGAAUCCUAAAAAGUUUACAAAGAUUUUGGAUUUUUCUACAAUGGCAAAUUCUAUAUUGCUAGCAAGGAAGAAGCAAAAGCUAUUAAUCAAACUUUCCUGACAUUGUUUGAAAAUAAAAAGAUUUUUGAUAUGUCAUAAAGAAAAACUAAGCCUUAAAAGAGUACCUAGCAAAUCUAGCAAUAGCUACCAGAUAGAAGAGGAAGCAUUAAAUAAAAUGCGAUAGAUGCUAGAUAAUAAAUCAAGAAUAAUGCUGCAAAAACUUCAAAUAGAAUUGCAUCAGCCCUUGAUACUUCUACAUCCAUCCAGUAAAACAGUAAAAAAUAAAUAGGCCAGCCUGUAAACAAACUAAGUGCUGUUGCUGCUUAAAAUUUAAGAAAUAAAGUAGGUGGUGGGGCUACUAACACCGGCAGAACUUAAGUAACUGAUAUUAACAAAAUAAUUAAAUCCCCCAGUAAACAGGACUUAAACUCUUCAAAACUUGGAUAGCAACCACAAAAAAGGCAGAUUGCAAAAUAUUAACCAGAAAAAGGUGGAAAUAACACCAAUGAUAAAGUCCAGAAAAAGGAUUCUCUUGGUAACUCUAAGUUUGUUUCAAAUGACGACUUUUUCUCAGAUGAGGAAGAUAUAUAGUAAAUCUAGAAUGAACUUGAGUUAAAAUAAAAGAUGGAAGCCUAAAGAAAAAACUUACUACUUGAAUAGCAAAGAAUAAAAUUGUAGCUUUAGGCUACUAAUUAGUAGAUUAACAAGGUGAAUCAAAUUGCACAGAAAGCAACUUAGAAGACAAAAGGAUAGAAUUCAGGAUAUAUGACUCAAUAAGAGUAGCCUGAGCCCAAAUCACAGUUCAGCGAUAAGAAUAGCUAGUUCAACGACAGAUAGUCAUAAAAAUCAGCUAAAACUCUGGAAUUUUUGUCAAAGUAGAACGAUUAUGAUGAUGUUGAUCUAAGCCAAGGCGUGGUAUAUGAAGUUGAGGAAAAAUCUGAUGAAUCCGAGCUGAGUGAGUAUGACAGUGAGGCAGAAGAAGAGGAGGAGGAUGAAAAUCUAGAGGCAGCUCCACUUAUUGAGCUUGAAGUUAAUCUAGAUAAUGGUGGUAUUGCGAAACUGUAGAUAUUUAAUGAGGAGAAAUUCGAAGAGGAUAUCACAGAAUUUGCCAACCAUCAUGGUCUCGAUGACAUUAAAAGGAAAAAGCUACUAAAGAUAGUGAAGCUUUAACUAAUUGAUAUGUUCAAGGAUGGCUAGUUUGGAGAUUUAGAUGAUAGCAAUGACAUGGCAGAUGACAAAGACAUUGAUCAGCUCAAUCAAGAAAUUGAGAGAGCGAAUGAGAAAGAUAAGGCUAACAAAACUUGA